UAUGAUUCCAAAAAAUGCAUACGUAGUCUUCUAGUAAGUGUAUUUGUGUGUUCUUGUAUGUAUGUAUAUGUGUGUUUGUGUGACGAUAUAGGACGAAAUAGAUGUGUAUGUUAUGUGUGCGCCGUUUUCUCUUGGUCCUCCCAUAAAUCUAGUAUAUCGAAUAGCAUGUAAGUGCGCUUGUCAUCUCACUGUUAAUUCAGUUUCAAUUUAAUUGGUUUCUCUCUAAAUAAAAGCUAAGUGUCGAAAUAUAAAAACCACCAAUGCAGAAAAAAAUUCCUAUUCUUUCAAUGUUCAGAAUGAUAAUGUUCAGUAACCAAUUUCUUAAAUUUUGUAAUAAAGAUGAUUAAUUGGUGUGUGUGGAAACAACGAUUAUUGAAACGAUGUCAAACCAUUCAGAUUUAUCUUUAUUGACUGUGUCAUCAGGAUUAGUUGAUCCUAAUUUUUUGAAUAUUGGGCAUCGACUGAAUAGUAGUAAACAAAGGUUGAAUAAAUUGAGCCGCGAGACAAGCCCAAUCCCGAAUGCGUUGGAUGUCCAAAGACCAGCUUUUUUAUCCGAAAGAAAUGAUUUGUUCCGGAGUUGUGGCAAACUUUCUACGCUAUUGGGGAUUCAAAGGAGUUUUAGCACAAACGACAUUACCAACAAAACACUUGAAACAGUUAAUAGUCGUACUGGUCAUAGAAUUGUUUCAUUGCGCCACACUGUCUCAGAGCUUGCUUUGAAUUCUUUUCUACGAUAUGGUUAUAUGAAGGAUAGUGCUCGUUUAUCGCGGUCUUGUUCCACUUGGGUUGCGGUUGGCGAAUUGGAUACUUCCACAUCGCAGCUCCCAAGUCCCCAUGGUCAUUGUACCAGUAGUUUAAGUAUGAAUUCAUCGCAACAACAACUCAGUCCAUCAAACUUAUUUGGACACAGUCAAAUUGCUAGUAUAUCCCAACCAUCAUCAGUUAAUAAAAACAUUAGGGAGAGUUACAUUCGAAACCGCCUAUUAACAACACAUCGUGCAAUUGAACGUCUAUCUCAGAGCGAAUUCAAUUUAGAUCAAUUGGCUACUAUGGCAACAACUACGAUUACAGUAUCUGAAGGUCUCGGCCCUGUGGAAACUGUACAGUUAAUUAUACCUGAGCAAUACCUGGAUAAACCAACCCAAGCACAGCCUGACGAUACUUUGAUCAAAUUGAGUACAACAACUCAGAAAAGUAAAUAUAAGCUAAUUGGCGCUACAAGUAUGGGCCGAAACUUGACCAUCCAGGACAUAGAAAAAGAACGAGGGAGACCUCUUUCGAAAUAUGAUCGAAAUUACAUGAUUUUUAAUUGGCUUCAUUCCAUUGACCAAACAUCGACAGCUGAAGACAAAUCUGAAUUGUAGUUCACAUCCCUGUUGUCUGUCUGAAGACAAUGGAAAGAAAGUUAAAGUAUAUUAUAGUCAUGUAUUAUUUAAUAUUGCUUAUUAAAAUAAAAAAAAUCAGAGGUAACAUUUAUUCGGACGUUUUAUUCACUAUGAAAAUUAUAGAAUUAAAUUGUUAAGGCGUAAGAUAACACAUAAACAUCUUUUCUCUCGAAAAAUUGCUGGUUAGCCUUCUUUAGUUUUUUCUCCGGUUCCGAGGUCAUUUAACAUUUGCAAAGUUUCCUGUUCCAUCUGACGAACCAUAAUUGGUUUUUCAUACUGCGAAUAUAAAGAAAAUUGUACAUAGAAUAGUUUUUAUUUUUCAAAAUAACUCACUAUUGGUGAGUCGAAAUAAAACUGUAAAUUCAGAACUUUGCUGACAAACAUACAUACAGUAAUGAUUAAAGUGUUAUGUUGAUGUAUUAUUGACAUUGCAUCUAGUUGUGGUAGAAGAUUACAACGACUCAGCUCAGGAACGUGAAUCUCCUUGAAGUAUUUCUUAUUCGUGGUGCGAAUUACUAUGGACCGCUUAGCAUUGUCAACUUUAAUCAAAUAAGUUUCUAUGGGAUACGAUAGGUUUCGUAUUCGCCAUUCAAUAUUAUGCCGUGUUAUUCUCUUUGUUAGAAUCGGCUGUUAGAAAAAGAUAUUUACAUUCUUUAAAUGAAAGAUUUCUCAAGAAUUUUGUUCAAAACGUUCAAGAACUACCAUUAUAUCUGUUUCCUUUACAAGGAAAUUCGAAUCAAACGUGGGUCGAAUUAUUUCACCUAGCUCAAUGUCCCAGUCAAAAAAAGAUCCAUUCAACUCAUUGAAUUCCGUGUGCAGUCCCAUAAUAUUUUGUUUCUUCUUCCAUGCACGUCGCAUCAAAAUACCUGUCUCUAUAUUAUAUUCUUCUAUCAUUUCUUUAUCAUCGUUGAAUUUGUAGUGGAAUUUUCGAAUUUUCCCUGAACAAAAUAAUGUUUUUUCUGCAUUUCGAAUGUAAUUCAUCCAACGUUCAUAUGACAUAUUUUUUACACUCUAUUUUUGGUUUCUCUAUUUGUUAUCUCUAGGAAAAAAAACUUUCACUCUUUUCAAUGUGAGACAUGGGUGGAAAAUUAUAUUGCAUAUACGAUGAAUACUGUCAAAAAUGACAGCUCUUGAAACAAAGCACAUGUAAAGCAGUUUUAUAUUAUCCAAAUUAUAAAAUCUAUGCAUAUGUAUUUAUUAAUAUCAACUCAUUUUUACUGAAUAAAUAAUAUUCAAUAAAAAAUGACAAUACUCGAAUAAAA